AUGAUUCGCAUGAAUCGGACGGUUGUUGUGGUGGUGGCGGCAGCAGGGCUCGUAGCAGCUCUGCUUGCCACGUGGCUCGCCAGGUGGAUGCUCGUGGUGGUUCCGAGAUGCUCCCGGUGCUCACCAGAUGAAUCGCACUCCAGCCAGCAGCUGGAGAAGUUCCCUCAGCUGGCAUAUAGCAGCUCUACGCCAGAACCAAAGCCUUGGGCGCAAGAAGCCAAGCCGUUGGCGCAAUUUCCAUUGAGUCUGCCUGGUGUAAGUGCUGUCGAUGGUCAGCUGUGCGAUUGGUCAGGAGGCUCCUCGCACCGUGCCCUAGCCAUAUUGCUUCCUGGUCCGAGUGCCAUGCAAGAAGAAGCCAAGCCGUUAGCGCAUUCUUUGUUGAGCCUGCCUGGUGUAAGUGCUGUCGAUGGUCAGCUGUGUUAUUUGAUCAGGAGGUUCCUCUCACCAUGCCUUGGCCAUGUUGCAUCCUGCUUCGAGUGGCAUGCAACAAGAAGCCAAGCCGUGGCGCAUUCGCCGUUGAGCCUGCCUGGUCCCACUGACAGCACCACCACGUACUGUGGAGCCAAGACACUCCUAUCCCACCUUCAAGAUGUUCAUCACAUGGCCAUGGCUAGUCAGCCUAUCAGGGGACUGUUAACUUGCCUACAGCAUGCUGCUUAUUCGGCCAUGGUUCAUCAAGCUCUGAUGAUUACCGCAUUGUACGUUGCCGGCACUGUUCUUUGUGCUCUGCUCCGGUGGGCUUGCACGUGUCUUGUGCAAGUGAGCACAUCCUCCCUUCAGCAACUCAAAACGGGGCAGGAGAGGGAGGGCUGUUGUGCUGGUAGUAAGGAGAAGGAGAGGGCAGUGGGAGCAGUGGAUCGUGAGUUGGGUGAGCUCAAGCGUCGUUUGCUGAAGCUGGAGGGUGAAAAGGCUUCGGCAGAGAGAGCAGCUGCAGAGACGGUUGGUCAUUUGGAGGAAGCAAUGAAAGAGGGCUUCGCAGCAGUGAGGGGAGAAGUGGCAGCAGUGAAAGGGGGGUUGGCAGUUUUGAAACAGGAACUGUCUGCAGCAGCAGGGCCGUGA